CCUGGAGCCAUCUCUGCGCUCCCCGGGCCCCCCCAGCGGCCUCGGCAGGGGCUCCGAUUACUCGUUUGCGCUCCGGGAGUGGGGAUGCUCGGCCCUCAGCCGUCCCUCCCAGUAGCGCGUACCUCCUGCGGCCCCGCGUGGACUCGGCGGCGGGGCGGCGUUGCGGGCUUUGUUAGGCUUUGUUUGCGCCGCACCUGAGCUCGGCUGCGAGGCCCGAGCGCUUCUCGGGGAAGCCGGAGUCCCGGGGAAGAGCGCAUCUGGCGCACGCCUCCUCCGGGCUCGCCACCAAACGCCCGGGGAGAGCCGGCCGGGGUCUUGGGACGGGGUGUGCGGCGGGCCCAGGAGCGUCCUCUCCCUUGUCCCCGGCACGGGGUCGCAAAGCCAAAGGGCGCGGAGCACAGGGCAUAUGCUGGUGUUAAGGUGACUCCUGCCCAAUUUUCUCAGCAGUGGCGUGCCCCCAGAGGAGCCUCUGCAAGCAGAGCCCUAGAAGGACCCAUUGCCCAGAGACUUGCUCCUGGGCGGUGUUAUAUCAACAUGCCCUCUUUCCUAUUGCUGGAAGUCCUCUUCAUUUUCCUGUUUUCUGGAGUACACCUGUCUCAUCCUCUUCAGGAAGUCCACGUAAGCAGGGAGACCGUUGGGAAGAUUUCAGCUGCCAGCAAAAUGAUCCAGUGCUUCGCUGCAGUGGAUGUCCUGUUUCUGAUCGACGGAUCCCACAGUGUCGGGAAGGGGAGCUUUGAAAGGUCUAAGCACUUUGCCAUCAUGGUCUGUGACGCUCUGGACAUCAACCCUGAGAGGGUCAGAGUGGGGGCACUCCAGUUCAGUUCCGCUCCUCGUCUGGAAUUCCCCUUGGAUUCGUUUUCAUCCCAACAGGAAGUGAAGGCAAAAAUCAAGAGGAUGGUCUUCAAAGGAGGGCGCACAGAGACAGGCCUCGCCCUGAAAUACCUUCUGCGCAGAGGGUUCCCAGGGGGCAGAAAUGCGUCUGUGCCCCAGAUCCUCGUGGUCAUCACCGAUGGGCGGUCCCAAGGGCCCGUGGAGCUGCCGGCCAAGCAGCUGAAGGAGAGAGGCGUCACCGUAUUCGCCGUCGGGGUCCGGUUUCCGAGGUGGGAGGAGCUGCACACGCUGGCCAGUGAGCCGAGGGAGCAGCAUGUGCUCAUGGCCGAGCAGGUGGACGAUGCCACCAAUGGUCUUUUAAGCACCCUCAGCAAGUCUGCUGUCUGCACUGCCGCCUCUCCAGACUGCAAGGUCCAGCCUCACCCCUGUGAGCGCAAGACGCUGGAGACGGUCAGGGAGCUUGUUGGCACUGUGCCAUGCUGGAGAGGAUCGCGGGGGACUGAUGCUGUGCUGGCGGCACUCUGUCCCUUCUCCAGCUGGAAGAGAGUGUUCCUCACCCACCCUGCCACCUGCUACAGGACCACCUGCCCAGGCGCUUGUGACUCACAGCCCUGCCAGAAUGGAGGCACGUGUGUUCCAGAAGGACUGGACAGGUACCACUGUCUCUGCCCACCAGCCUUCGGAGGGGAGGCUAACUGCGCCCCGAAGCUGAGCCUGGAAUGCAGGAUCGACGUCCUCUUCCUGCUGGCCAGCUCGGCGGGCACCACCCCGGAGGGCUUCCUGCGGGCCAAGGCCUUCGUGAAGCGGUUUGUGCAGGCGUCGCUGAGCGAGGACUCCCGCGCCCGCGUGGGCGUGGCCCGGUACAGCGGGGAGCUGGCGGUGGCGGUGCCGGUGGGCGAGUACCAGGACGUGCCGGCCCUGCUCGGGAGCCUGGACGGCCUUGCCUUCAGCGGCGGCGCCACCCUGACGGGCAGUGCCCUGCGGCAGGUGGCAGAGCAGGGCUUUGGGAGCUCCGCCAGGACGGGCGCCGACCGUCCGCGCAGAGUGGUGGUCCUGCUCACUGAGUCACCCUCCCAGGACGAGGUGGCCGGCCCAGCGCGUCACGCAAGGGCCCGGGAGCUGCUCCUGCUGGGAGUGGGCACCGAGGCCGUGCGGGCAGAGCUGGAGGAGAUCACCGGCAGCCCUAAGCACGUCCUGGUCUACACGGGCCCACAGGACCUGUUCCACCGAAUCCCCGAGCUGCGGCGGAAGCUGUGCAGCCGGCCACGGCCAGGCUGCCAGGCACAGUCACUGGACCUCCUCUUCAUGUUGGAUGCCUCAGCCUCCGUGGGGUCCGAGAACUUCGCCCAGAUGCAGAGCUUCGUGAGAAGCCUCACGCUGCAGUUUGAUGUGAACCCGGACGUGACACAGGUCGGCCUGGUGGUGUACGGCAGCCGGGUCCAGACAGCCUUCGGGCUGGACACCCAUCUCGGCCGUGCUGCGGUGCUGCGGGCCAUGAGCCAGGCCCCCUACCUGGGCGGGGUGGGCUCGGCAGGCACAGCCUUGCUGCACGUCUACGACAAAGUGAUGACUGUCCAGCGGGGUGCCCGGCCUGGUGUCCCCAAGGCUGUGGUGCUGCUCACAGGCGGGAUGGGGGCAGAGGACGCUGCUGUCCCUGUCCAGAAGCUGAGGAACAAUGGUGUCUCUGUGUUGGUGGUGGGCGUGGGGCCUGUCCUGAGGGAGGCUCUGCGGAGGCUCGCGGGUCCCCGGGACUCCCUGAUCCACGUGGCAAGCUACGCAGACCUGCGGUACCACCAGGAUGCACUCCUCGAGUGGAUAUGUAUGGAAGCCAAGCGGCCGGUCAGCCUGUGCAAGCCCAGCCCGUGCCUGCACGAGGGCACCUGCGUCCUGCAGAAUGGGAGCUACCGCUGCGAGUGCCGGGACGGCUGGCAGGGCCCCCACUGUGGGAACCGGUCCUUGCGAGGAGAUGCCCCCAAGGCACGCGGCUCCCGCAGAGAGCCCGCAAGAGGGCAGCAGCCCUACCCCUCCCAGCAACUGCCCAGCAGGCCGGGGCCGCCCGCGCGCUGAGAGCAUGCCGGCCUCAUCCCAUCUCCCGGGGUCCUCUGAGCAGCGCCUCCAGGUCCCUGCGGACCCCUCCCUCCCACGUCUCUCGCCCCAGGGAAGAGCUGCCCCAAUGGCGGACCGUGCUGCUUGGGGACAGGGCAGCAGCUGAUUCUGCCACUAAUACAGCUGUCGACAGUCUUGACAUGUAAGUAAAUAUUGACUUUCUGUACCUGGGUGUGCCCUGGUCUCCUCUGCCAGCUUCCCCCCGAGGAGAAACAAAGGCGCUUGGAGACUUUCGAUGGCCUGUUUGAAGCUCACUCUGCCCACAAGAAACGCUCAGCAGAAUGUUGUUGGGGCGGUGGUGCUCAGCAGGGGGCGUGCUCUGGAGGGUCCUCUGGACCACGGAAGCCGUGGGGUCUCGAGACUGAAAGACUGUGGACCUUUUCACACAUCCUUUCCCAAAGAUGUGCAAGUGCAUUUGCUUUUAGUUUGAGAAGGGGCUUGAGUGGCAUUUGUGACUGGAUCUGUGCGUGGCAAAGACCUAGAAAGACUCCAGACUGGACUGUGACCAGGAACCAACUUGUUUGACUAUGGGGGAGGGGCCAAGCACACAAACCCCCUGGUCUCCAGGGGCCAGGGGACAUUGGCCCGGCUCCUGAGCUACUUUCCCUUGGAGGGGCUUCCUUGAGAGAUCACUUAGGGGGCUAAUUGUGGGGGGCUUAUUGCUUGCUUGUUUUUUUAUUAGGACAAGGAGGUGGAAUUCUUAAAUACAACAAAGAAACUUAGAGGGUACGGGCUUUUAGAAGCAUCGAUGUUAUGCUGUCUAGGUGGUUUUCCUUUUCAUGUCUAGUUUUGAAAGGAAUAUUUCGAGAAAUGAUGUUGGUUAUUUAACAGGACCCGUGUGGCAAGAAGGCUCAGUUGGGAUAUAUUUCUGGCAAACUAGGUCCUCACCCCUGCAGUCUUUAGGAAACAAUUCUUCCCCUUGGUUAUGUGGUUUGGAUUUGCGUUCUCGGUAGAAAUCUUUGUAGAGCUGCGACCUAAAACCAGACACUUUAUCCUGACUUUUCUUUUUAAUGUAAAUAAUGUAAACGUUUUACAUGCAAAUUGUUCAAGGCUACUUUAAGUACUGGCAGGGGUCAUCCGACUGUAUUGUUAGACAUUACAAAGGAAAGGUCACUUUCACUCUAGUUACUACCUCCCCUGUGGUAGAAGGUGACGUCAGAGCAGGGUCACGUGUCCACCUGGCAGGUGCUGAGAAGCGAUGUCAAAGAACUUACAGGAACCUAUUGUCUUUUAAUUGACAGCAGUUUCAUCAUUUUGUCUGGGUCCGGGCUGAUGUUUGGAAUCCCAUUUGAAUUGCUUCAACUUAGGGAAAAAAACACAGAACUGUGAGCUCUGGGCUUACACAUUAAAGGCAGGUGAAAGGUUUUUUAGGUCCCAGCCCUCAAGCCUUUUUUUUUUUUUUAAACCUUUUCUAGGGAAGGUGCCCCUGAAUAGUUUAACCCUCUCCGUGCCCCAGCAGUGGCAGAGGGAAUUCCUUUCUUUUAAAAGAAACUGGCCUUUAAUUACACAAGCAACAUAAAUGUGUUCUCCUUGGAAAAAUUAAAACCCUGCAAACAGGUCAUCAGUCUUUUAUUUUCUGAAUGAUCCUGAUUCCAGCCAACUUGAGGCUGCUCUAAUCCUAAUAGUUAAUUCUCUUUUCUAGAAAGAUAGUUAGACUCAUCUCUUCCUUUUGAUGUUUACACGAGUACUUUUUCUUGUCAGUUUGCAGUGUCUAGGACCUCCAGAAUAAUGUUUUUAAAAGUAGUGUUAUGUGUUUCUGGACCUGAAGGGAUCUCCCACCAUUCUACGUCAUCAGGUUAGGAAUACGUUAUUCCUCUUCCUAGAUUGCUAAGAGUGUUUUUCACAUUGAACCUGUUCAUAUCAUAAAUGGGCCCUUAGUAUAUUUUCAGUUGUUGAAUCACUUUGCUUCCUUGGAUAAACAUGAUCUGGUCAUGAAGCAUGAUUCUUUAAACACUGUUGAAUUUCACUUGCCAAUAUUGGUUUUUUUCAUCCUUGUCCAAAAAAUGAGAUUUGGUUUUUCUUCUGUGAUUUGUGUUGGACAUUUGGUACUAGAACUGUGCUAACUUUAUAAAAUCGAAAAUUCAUAUUCUUUAAACUUAAGGCCUUUUUAAAAUAAACACAUUCAUGCGUGGAGCUUUCUUAAUUACUCCUUAGGUCACCUUCCAAGUAUUGGUAUGUUUCAUUACUUAGGAGUAUGGGUUUUCAGCCACUUAUCUGCAGAAACUGAUCGUCAUAGGUGUUUGCUU